UGCUCUUAAUUCUUCAUUAUUCUUAAGAAUAUUUUCGAUAUAUUUUAAUUUAUCAUAGGGGAUUAUAAUAAUUUAUUAAUUUUAUAAAUAUUUCAAGACAUUUGAAAUCAGUAAAUUUAAAAACCAAUUCAACUUAUACAUAAUUUAGUAUAUUAUUUAACAUUUUAAUACCGUGGGUCAAUAUUUUAUUGUAGGGUAGGUUUGUAGAAAUUUCAUAUUUAAUUAACAAUUCCAUGGGUCAUCGAACCUAUCCAAUUUCAAAUUUAACUUUCUUUCCAUAAGUACUAUGUUUUGAAAUAUUUCUUUUUAAUAGUUCAACGUGUUUAAACUUUAUGUUUAAUCCUUCAGUACUUCACAUUUUUUAAGAGUAAAUUAUUUCAAAAUUUGAAAUGAUGUAAUAUAAAGUGAAAGCGUAAGGGAGGAGAACCAGGAAAGAAUAAUUAAUAAGGAAAGAAUUUACUUGGAAUACUUUUCGCUGCAUCGGUGCAUCCGUGCAUCGGUGCAUUUAAUAGGAGAAUAAUUGGGAUGGCAUGUGCAAGAUACAGUUCCACGUGAGGUGCAACGAGUGAAACAAUGGUGUACAAUGAGCUCACAAGUAAAGAUAAUUUCCGUCAAGGAAACUUUUAAAGCAUCUCUAGACAAAUAAUCGCUUUUGUGCAACCGCGGGCCUGUUUAAGCUCUAUGCAAACUCGCAAUAACAACUGUUAGAUCAUUCUGCUUACUAUUUGCCAGGUGCAAAUUCUAGAUACCUAACUGUCUUCUAUUCGACUAUCAACGUUACAAUGUAUUUUCGAUGAAAAACUGUUUCUUUCUUUUAGUCUUAAUUCAUUGGUUUAUUCUGAUGAAAUUCAAAUUCAUUAAUUUUUAAGAAUUAAGGACAUUUUACAGCACUUUCAAUUUUAAACCUUGAGUUAUAGAAAAAAUUGUUUUCUAUUACUUUUUAUGUAUCUUCUUAUUUUAUUUUUAUAGAGUAUUUGGAGAGUUUUAGAGUACGAUUUAAAUUUUACACUUUAAUUAACAGGGGUGUGUAAAUUUCUCAAUUGCUUAAGUCUCUUUUUUGUUUUUCAUGUCUUGUCUUACGUGUAAAGUAUACUUGUUCGCAAUGGAAGGGAAGAUUUCACUGUUUUCUCUGACAAGUGUUGAAAUAAUUUGCCUCCAGAAUUUUGUAUCUUUUACCAAAUUACCCAGGUCGUAAUGUGCAAUUGCUGUUCAUCAUUCAAAGAACGUAAGACAUUAUUAGCCUUUCACAUCGACUAAUACUCUCAAGGAGAAUCUGUUUAAUGUUUCGUAACAUGUCUGUUCAUUCUAUCUGCAAACCUAUCACAUGUUAUUGCAUACUAUCUGCCUCUGUUACAUCUUCAUUCGUUAAAAAUGUAGCUUCCUUCAAGAAAACUAUCAAUUAAUAUAAAAACAAGCUUCGUUUUAUUACUUGUUUCAAUCAAUCAUUCAAUUAACUCUGGCUGCCGCUUUUAUGAUUUCAAUUUAAAACGCCUGUUCAGUAGGUUUUUUAUUAUUUCACAUGUUAAGAAAUUAACGAUUCAAUGAAACUUUUAAAUCACUUGUUUGAAUGUCUGGUAUACAUUUUAGUUUGAUAUAUAAAAUAUCAUUUUUUUUUAUUGCAUGAGGUACCUGAAGUUUCGUAAUUUUUUUUUUCAAAAUUAAUCCAAAUAAUUGGUCUCCUGUAUCGCUUUUUAGGCUGUUGCCAUCAUUAAUUUCAUUAAUGGACCUACGUUAAUUUUCGGAGUUGGCACGAUAUAAUUUGCUAAAUGACCUACACAUUAUUUCUCAAGAUAUUAUCGUCAUUAAUUUGUCGAGGCAUUAAUUAAUCUUUAUCAUAUCAGUAUGAUCAAGAUAAUUAAACAAUUUGCAUUUUUCUAUUUUGAAUAUUUUUUUCAACUAUACUGAAUUUUAUUGGAUAUCUUGUAUCAAUUCUUCAAUGUGUCAUCACGAUCAACUCAGUUGAACGAUCUAUGCACUUUUAUUCUUCAAGUCUCCUAUUUCAAUUUUACCAGCAAUCGUUGUACAAAUGUUCAAAUUAAUAAUCACGAUCAAUUUUCCCUUAAAUAGAAUUUUGAAAAAAUGAUUUUGUUUAAAUAUUCGUAACAUACCUUCCUGCCUAUCAGGCCGAGGUUGAAUAACAAGAACGGUGUCCACAUCACGUAACGCUAUCGUGCCCUGAACGAAUAAUCUACACAUCAACGUGCUCUGCCGAGAGUGCAAAUAAAAUAUUUGGCUAGGUGCUCGGAAGAAGGAGGGGUGGUGGUAUCCCAACGAUCUGUUGUCUCUUCCCUACGACUCGUCCUCGUGGAAUCGCAAACUUUAGUCAGUGAAUUCGAGGCCACCAUGCGGUAUACAACUGAGUCUAACAUUAAAAACAACGCGCACAUCUUAACACUUUGUCGUUUAACAAUGAAUCCGUCUAUCGUUCGUUCUUUAUCAUACACAUCAGUGAAAAAAAUCAUUUUAUCGACAGUCAUUCUUUGAACAAUUUCAAUACAGUGAUUUCUCUGUGAAAUUUCUCUGUUACAAUCGAAAAUCUCAAAUAACUUUAGAACGUUUUAAAGUUGUUUACGACACCCCGUAUUCUGAUUGCCUCGCGAGUGUAAUUGACCAGAGGCAAUAAUUGUUCAAGGAAUAGGCGACCUCGGGGCUCCAAAUGUCUCUACAAAGAUACUGACCGAUGUUGAAAUCUCAAACAGGAUCGUGCGCUACCGAUUUCACAACUUGAACCAUUUCCAAACGGGAUCGCGAUCGGUCAUUGAUUGUCGCGUGACAAACAAUCACGAUACCAUUCGUCGAUUCGUCGUUAGUGUCUUACCUCUCUGGGGAAUGAAAUGUAAAUUUCCGUGGGACGUGUUUACAUUUAAACGAACCGUAAUCUCGGAUACGUUGUUCAAGGUGAUCAGAGAAAUUACGCGUAAACCGAUUUCGCGAGAUCGACCGAAGACUCGCGGUUCCUCGAGAUUCACACGGGAAACUUGCGCGAAUUCAUGGUCUGUGAUAAGAUAAAGUGCAUAGGAAGAGAAGAGGAACUUGGUGGACUUGUGUGUGUCCUUGUGCAACUUUGGAUCUGGCCUUCGUGCAGUAUGGUUCAGUGUCAAGCUAAUACGAAUGGAUGACUUUUGUACUUUCCGGAAGUACAUAAUUCCUGCUAUAUUUUGCACGAUGACAUAAUCGGUUGGAAUUUUGAUUAAAUGAUCGUUUAGAAUGUUGAUAAGCAGGGACUCUACUUCUUAAAUAAUUAUCGAAUUUGGAACUUGCGAUUCAAUUUUAGAGAUAUUGUCAUUGUUAUUGUUGACAUGUCUAGACUUAAUUAUUUUUAUUAUAAUAUCUAUAAUUUUAAAUAGAUCUGAUCAAUUUCUUAAUAUUUCACAAGCUUAUUGAACUUUAUCACACCUGACUAGACUUUGCUAGAGAUCCUUGCGUUUAAUUUCAAUUUACUAAGAGACUAGUAUUUCUAGUUCUCAGGGCAUCAUCAUUAAGUUCUUUGCAAUUAACCUCUUCAACUCUAUUAAUAUUAACUUUAAAAAUAGAAUUAUGCAAAAAAAUCAAAAACCCCAUAUUAGUAUUCCAACCUUCCUUUAAUGUCCACAGGAUAUAAUCGUACUUUUUUAUUAACCUUCUCAGCUACUUUAAUGUCCAAGAUAUAAUUAUAGAAAAAAAGAAAUCUGCAUAUAUUAUUCUCUCGUGCUUCUGUGUUUAUGUUUCUAUCAUUUUUGCUGAUUAAGUGCAGUUACAAAAAACAAAUCGACAUCGCAAUUUCAGUGAUAAAUUGGAACUAAAACUAAAAAGUUCACACCUUUGUGCAUCUGUGACAUUCUAAUCAGUGUUAAACAGUGUUUAAAGAAUCAAAUGCUCGAAUUAUGUGAGAAACUGUUCUGCACUCUAACUUUGAUCACGUGAAUGUCAUCAAAGAAACAUGGAAAUCGGGAUCACCUUGCACACGUUUUUAUGGUAGGUACUCUAAGUGUAUCUUGAUCGAUUUACGAACAUGCUCCUCUCAUCGUGUUUUUCAAUAUUCAACGGAACUGUUAACCCUCAUGAAUAUUUAUAAGCACGCGUUAUAGCCUGUCACUCUUCCUCAACGUUUCCUGCACUAACAGCAUCAUCGUCGUUGAGGAACUCGUUUUAAUGACAUUGAACAGGGACGUUCAACCUCUUCGUAUUUUGAAAUCUUAAUGUUUUUUUAAUUAAUUAUAUGCAUCGGGAUGUAUUGCCAAUUCUAUUCGAGACACUAUAAUAUAUAUUAAUUUUGUUGCAUCAAAUGAUACGUCAAGACACUCGUGACUAAUGACGCAUCGUUUGCGUCUUACGUUAUCUCUGGUAAAAAAAAAAAAUUCUAUACUCAGAAAAUAUGGUAUAAAUGGUAGGAUUCUUUUCUAGGAUCUUCUGAAGAAGGUCUCAACAAUGUGGAAGAGGAUUGAAGGAUCUUGCGCGAAGUGAGAUUCUGCUUCAAGAAUGGGAUGCAAGCCCAGCAUGUUGGAGUGCAUGGGGGACAAAAGGGACACGGAUAAGAGGAAACAAUCGGAUUCGUUGGAUCAAGGAUCUCUAGUCGACAUAGGUAAUUUCACGUUUCUCUUCAAGGACUUGCAACUAUAGUGUGCGCUCUGUACCCGUGGAUCUUGAACUAUUUAGAAUUAUCUGACAUCUUAUUUCAAGUUUUACUUUUUUGUUAUUUUUGUUCGUUAUACUUGUACUUUGAAACAAUGACUGUGCUGUACUUUAAUUUUUUAUUUUCUAAUUAAAUUCACUCUUACAAGUUUCUAUAACCGACUUCUAUCAACCAUAAAUUUUGUUAGAUCAAAUCACUUUCAAUUUCAAGAUGAAAGAGUGGCUGCCAUAAAAUUUCAUUACUUUUUUUAUUAAAUUAAUUAUUUUAAGUUCAAUCGUUAACUUUUGCCAAAUUAAAUCAUUUUUUCAAUAGUUUUAUCAAUUUCAUGGGGAUAGAAUCAUGGGGAUAGAAGGACGUCUCCGACUACGAGGGCGUAUACAAUCGAUCAACAAAAAUAAUUUGCAAUGUGCUGGGGGCAUUUCUGCGUCAUUGAUGCGUACGCCUUUCGCAAAAGUAUACUUCGAGCGAAUGGCGAUUCGCCUUGACCUAGUCUCUACAUUGACCACACCGUAUUCUUGUCUGGAAGCUAAGAUCGAGAUGAGAAUUAAUCAGCCUCGGUACAUGGUUUCACAAAGCUGUUUGCACCGUUUUCUUAACUUUCGACAAGGAGGAAGGGUCAAACUUCUGUCGUAAAUCAUUGUCAUUCAGUGACUGUAGCGUUAGAAAUGGGCUACCAUUAGAGAUCCAUUUGAAUUUGUCUGCGUAUUCUUAAACAGGGCACAGAGACAGAGAAGUGUUUGCUUUGUCUAUUUUUUAAUUGAAUAAUUGCUUAAAAAUAAAAUUGAAAACGUAAUCAUUGGAGGUGUUACACACCAGCCAUUUUCGAUUUUCAACUCAAAAAACAUUUUCAAAAGGGCACAGUAUUAUCGGCAAUAUUCUACUUCAACCUCACCUCAAUUGUACUUUAUCACACUCUCUUCUUAUUUCUACAUUUUUUACUUCUUAAACACAAAUGUAUUAACAUCACAAUUCAACUCGAAACAAAAAACUCAACGACAUUGCGCAUAUUUCCUUUUCAAUUAUUAUUUCUCAUAAAUACAUGACAUUCAAUAUAAUUUCAACACUUCAUUCUUUUUUUUUUUAAUUCUCGCAUCGCAUUAAAAGCAUCUCGGUUUAAAUGUCUUUUGAAAGGAAUAUAAUUUGCCAUUCAACGAGUUUAUUGGUAAGCAAGAAUGCCACGGGCACAAGGGUACAAUGCCGAAACGCUAUAUUGAUUCUUUGAUAAGGCCACGGUAUGUUUGGGUCGAUGGUUAUGAAUGCAAAUCAGACACAGAUAAUGCCGGAUGGCAAUUCCAUUCGGACCUUCGCGAACGUGCAAGCAAAUUAGUUGCUCAAUUCGAUUCGUUAUUCCUCCUGCGUCCACCAUUCUCAAUAACAGUAACAAUUGAAAUUCUGCAAUAUUGUGAAUCGACAAUUUUUAUGACGAUUGUUGCUUGAAAAUUUAACCAGUGGACAGAACACAGUGAUUAUUUACAUGUUUAAGAGAAAAUCGUGCUUUCAGGGUAGAAAAUACAUAGAAAAGAAAAAUGUUAGUGUUUCCAAUGCUUUGCUUGUCUUACUUCGCUGCUAUGCUUUUAUUAUUGCAAUAGUUCCAAGCGUGAUUCAAGGAGCAGAAAUUAGAAUAUUUGUAGCUCACACUUACAAAAGCUUUAUAUCUUAUGCUUCGUUUAAUGUUUCAUUUUUCUAUUCAUUAGCAAGACUGAACGGUAUAAAGCUUUAUACAUGGAGCUGAUCAAUAUAAAGUAUGCUACGCUCAUUGAAUAAGAUAAAUGCAAAUACAGCAUAGGGAAACAUUUUAUAUAAAAGUGACACAUAAUUGUUAUUGCGAUUAGAAAAUAUAUACUUGACUCAAUUUAAUUAUUGAAUUUGUAUAACCAUUCCUCAUCCUUAUGCAAGUACAUUUUUAUACAAAAUUUUCUAUUUUUAAUAUUGAUCCUUAAUGAUCUUGUAAUUACUUCAUUGUAAAAUCAUGUAAUUUAUUCAGAACGAAGAGAAAAAUGUUGGUGAAUCUAUAAUCGUUCAAUAAUUUCUUCCAAGUAUUCAAGUAUUUCAUUUUCUAAUGAUCCGUAUGAAUUAAGCAGAAUAUUUCUAGAUAUAUUGCAACACCAUUUUCAUUUCUAUGCAACAACAGUCCAUUAGCGGGCACCUUUGAUCUCAAACACAAGUUUCAUUAACCUUAUUCUUAUCAACUGAUUCAACAAGCAGUUUACUACAAAAUUACACAUUCUACAGGCAAUUCAAAACAAAAUUCUGAACUAUGAUCAACAAUUACUAACAUAUCUUGAAUCCUGAAACAAUGAACAAGUUCUCAAAUUCCAAAUACACUUCACUGCUAGACAAAGCCAAUCAUCUUUAAGUAACAUUUAUUCAAACAAACAAGCAGAAAUAUUUCAAUCAAGUAUUUUUAACAGCCAUAAAAACAUUGUUACUAAGAGUACAUUAAUUUUCAGUAAUUCUUCCUGAAUAAAAUAUUUUUUAUUGAACUACUGUUACUUCCGUCACCUUUUUCUUAUCAACACUAAUUGCUGAAUUUUAUUCUAUAUUAAGCUUUUACUAAUUCUGCCUCGUUAAGAUUUUUUUACAGCUAUUACAAUUCACUGCUGGCUAAAAAAAAUUAUUUGCAUUCAAAUCAAUUUAUCACUAUUAAUUACUGAUUUUUUUUCGCACAAAACUUCUUUCAAACAGGUUCGUAUUUAAUAAACGUGUACGGCUAUUGUACAGUGGAGUUUCUCCGACCACCCUGAGGCCACUCACUUCGCGAGUAGAAUUUCAAUCCGAAGAAUUUACUUGUACUGGUCAGUCGUUGUCUUUGAGUCGCUUGCUACGUGUCGUACACGCUUCGAACGCGCCGAUUCUUUUCUUCACGCGUGCUUCUACCAGUGAUUUCAAUGCUUGGAUACGCGUGUCACUCGCCUAGAGAGCCGAUUAGUCUUGUUUUUUCUUGAAAGUGAUUCGAAUCAUUGACAUGGACGAAGUGAUUAGAAAAAUUGUAUUAGGUCGAAAUACAGACGAUUUCGAAAGACUUGCUAAAGUGUAUCGACAGUCUGAUUUUGUGUUAUGGUACGGUGAAAGUUUCUUUCCUUUGAUCUCCGAUGUGAACGAUCGAGAAGUGACGGUGGUAUCGAUUUGCUAAUUUUUUGUUUUGAAUCUGAUUUUAGGAAAUCUUUUACUAAAUAAUUACUAAAUACUGUACUCUUGGGGUUGAUAAUUUUUUUUUUUAAUAUUUCUAUUAACAUUCUGAAGCUCUGACUUGUCUAAACAAAGUUUCUACAAAAUUUUUUAUGCUUAUUGUUCCAUUAAUUGCAAGUACAUUUUAAUGAAUAAUUAAUAUAGAUUCUGAGUAAAGUGAAAGCACGAUAAACAAAAUUUCAAUGUGCAUCUACGAUAUUGUGAAGUUAUCAAGUUAUAAAUUCAUAUGGCAUCUCCUUCGAAUGAAUAUUUCUUCGCAAAUGACAAUGAAGAAACUCUGGAUGACCUAUUAUUUAACAUCGAAAAAUCGGAAUACGACAUUUUGGAAAAGCCGCCGUUUAAAGACGUCUCAACUGGAGAUGAAGAUGCGGAUUAUUCUAUGGUGAAAGGGCCCCAAGAUAUUGAAACAUAUCCUUUAACGAACAGUGUUCCUAAUAUCAUAAAGAUAUUACUGGUCUUCCCCAAAGAUGAUCAGCAGAUGGACAUUCUUGCCACCACUUCGAGAAGGUUGGGAUGGAGCGUGUCGGUGGCGAAAGAUGCGGAAAAAGCGGUCGAAUAUUUCCAAGAUCGAAAUCACGAGCUAGUGAUCAUCGAUCACCGGGGGCAGCGUGCCGCGGAGGCCAAUGCAGUUUGUAGGGCGAUUAGGUCUAGUCCAGUUUAUCGUAAUACCGUUAUCAUAGCUCUUGUAAAAAAAUCGUUUCUUAUGCAUGCUGAGAAAGAUAAAAUCGUGUCAUUGGAUUUGUUAGAAACAGGGUUCACCAAAGUAAGUUUUUAUUUUUGUAUAUUUUUAACUAAACUAUUUUUAUCAUCGAAGAUCAUGGAUUUUAAAAAGCCAAAUCUCUUUACGUUACUACACGAUUAUAGCAGAUUAGAUAAUGGAUUUUUUUGGACUUUAUUUCAGGCUUUAAUGGAGUGCUCUCAUGAGGGUAUAUUAAUUAACGAAUUAGUGGGAAUCUAUACAAAUGGAUUGCUACCAAGAACACAACUCGCUGCUGCUGAUGCUUUGUAUUUGGCUCUUGACAGAUGCCACGAUAUGGUACAAGUGACAAACGAUAAACACAUUGUACAGUUUGUUAAUAAAAUUAGCGAGAAGUUGCUAGGCUAUAAAGUCAGCGAAAUGUUAGGAAAAAGCAUCACUGAGAUAGUGUUCUACGAGAAUUUCGUUCUAAUGGAGCAACAAAUUAACAAAGGCCAUGAAUUCGAGGGGAAUAUGAACUGCAAGAGAAAAAAUAAUCAAAUGAUCACUAUCAACUGCCGAGUAAUACCUUUUAGUAUUACUUUGAAAAAACCAACUCAUUACAUAUAUGUGUACGAUACUAUGUACCUGUCAGAAAAUAUAGAUCCAUUGAGUCCAGUUAUUAAUCAAGUUCAACAACCUAGUUUCCCAAAACCGGCUGGUGUUGUGGUACAAAGGCGAACUUCUGAUAUGAAAUCAGGCAACAGCGAGGGCCGCAGGCGGUCCAGUUUGCGCAAACUUCAUAGUUUACAAUUAGAAGCACCGAUUACAAAAGUGAUUAUGCUUCUUUCAAAUGCGAUUACGGAUUCAACAUCCCCCGACAUAGCAGCACAAAUCGACAAGGCAAUAGAAAUUCUCAAAACCACCGAACUAUACGUGCCAUAUUUGAAGGAGGACAGAACCUACACUGACCCCGUAGCAACUGACCUCGUUGGGGCCUUGCUAUCCUCACCGCGAAAACCAUGGGAAUCCAGAAGAUCGUCGAUAGAAUCAGCACGAUUAUCUACAUUCAGGAACGUUAUUCAGACCCCGAAUUCCUCUCGUAUGCAGAUCAAAGGUUUCAGGGGGCCUCAGGCGAUCGCAGAAAUAUUAGACAAAUGUUUGGAGUGGAGCUUCGAUAUUUUCAAACUAGAAAUUCUGACGGAGAAAAGGCCACUUCUCUUCUUAGGAAUGACAGUGAUGAAUUUGUAUCGUGUACCGGCUAGACUAGGCUGCGACGAGAAGAUCAUACAAAAUUGGCUAACAUUAAUAGAGAUGAAUUAUCAAGCUACUAAUUGCUAUCACAAUUCUACCCAUGCUGCGGACGUGUUGCAAGCUACUGCCAGGUUUAUGCAAUCCGAAAGACUCAAGCAGAUUUUGGAACCUUUGGACGAAGUUGCGGUUCUGAUUGCUGCUACUGCUCAUGACAUCGAUCAUCCGGGCAGAUCAAGCCAAUUUCUUUGCAACGCUGAUUGCAAACUAGCGGUCCUCUAUAAUGAUCUAUCGGUACUUGAAUCACACCACGCAGCCUUGACGUUUAAGUUAACUUUAGAAGACGAUAAUGUCAAUAUUUUCAAAAACUUGGAAAGAGACACCUACAAAAUGAUUCGGCAGGUAGUGAUCGAUAUGAUCCUGGCUACUGAAAUGACAAAACAUUUCGAGCACCUGGCUAGAUUCAUGAAUCUUUGCAGUUCAAGAAUUGUGGUAGACAAUCAAACAGAUGCUUACUCGGAUAACGUAGACAUGUCAGUGGUAUUGCAACCAGAAAAUGUAGUGUUGGUGAAAAGAAUGAUGAUCAAGUGUGCAGACGUGUCAAAUCCAACACGACCGCUAAAAUUUUGCGUAGAAUGGGCCAGACGAAUCGCCGAGGAGUAUUUUAGUCAGACUGACGAAGAAAAGAAGUUGAAACUACCAGUAUUGAUGCCAGUCUUCGACAGACAAACGUGCUCGAUACCAAAAUCACAAAUCGGUUUUGUCGAUUUCAUCAUCAAUGAUAUGAUCGAAGCGUGGGAUGCAUUUAUCGAUAUGCCUGAGCUAGUGGGAUACAUGAGGCAGAAUUACGAGAAAUGGAAAGAAUAUAGCGAACAAGGAAUAUCAACUCUAGAGGAUAUCGAAAAAUUACAACUUCUCCCGGAGCUUCACGUAGAUCGACCCGCAUGACCCGUAAAAAAAAAACAAAUCGAAUCUUAUGACCCAUGGAGAAAAGAAUUCGGAUCUUCCCAAAUACUUUUUUCACAUCCGUCCCAACAAAGUUCACGAAACGAGCUUUGUAUAAUCUAAUUUGUAACAUAUUCGUAACACUUAAGAAAAUAGAAAUAAUACGACAUGCCAUACAGUUGUAAAUUUUUUUUUUUUUUAGAAUAUACACGUAAUUCAUUCAUCUUCGUUGUUGUUCUUGGAUCUACGCUUCCUACCCACUUUUCAUGAAAGUCGAUCAUCUAUUUUAAACUCAUGAGACACCACGACCCUCCCCUCUCGUCGUCGUGCACGCAUAUUUGGCUGUUUACUCAUUUAUCUUUUCUGGAUUAUGUUUGAAAACAAAUGAUUCAUUUUUCUUUCCUGGACUUUGUUUAAAAAUAAAAUAUUUCUAUAUUUAUGCUGUUGAUCAUAGGAACUUACAACACGAUGAUGAUUGAUUUGUAAUAAUAAAUAUUUUACUCAGGCCUUCGUUUACCAUUGAAUCUAUUUUAAUAAAUACGAUUCUUAAAUAUUUGCACCCUAUUCCUUCACCAUUUAAAAAAAGAAAUAUUAGAAGACUCACCACCACCAUUGUGUUUUAAUUUUCCUCCAUUUAUCCUAUCGUCAUUUCCUUUAAAUAUAAGAUUGUAAAUAAAAUUUCUAUUCGUACCUUUAAUCUUCCCAGGAAGGACUGUGGAUUGAUAUCGUGAAUUAAAAAAAGCACUGUAUUUUUUUUUACGUCUGGUUUCACUUUAUUAUUUCUCUCAGCCAAUAAAAGUUUGUUUAUGGACCUACAUCGCUAGGCGAUGGCGGACUGUGUUACACAAAUACGGGAACAAGAAUUGUUUUUCGUUAUUUCGUUAUUUCGUUAUUUCGUUAGAUCAGCAAGAGAAUUUUGCGCGUAUAUAUGCGUUCUAUAAUUUCAUGUAUUUUGGACACACACUUUUGUGUGUUUACAAUAGGAGACGGUGCGUUGUUCAUUAAUUUUACGAUGCCUCUCUAUAUAAUGAUGGAAAGAUCUAUUCGUCAUAACUUUGUAGCCAUAAAACGUCGAAUAUAAUAGUAAUAAUAAUGUAUAAUAUUAAAUACACGCGUCCUUGUGAUUCGGUAUUAAUUACGGAUAUUUCGUGUAACAAUUUUUCGUUUUACUAUGAAGACGGUUAAGCAGCAAAGAAUAAAAAAUAGCGCAAUCGGUGAAAGCCAUUAUUUUCUUUUUACCAUGAAUAUUACAAGAGAGAAAUUUAGUACAAUAUUCUUGUUGAUGGUUGUUACUAAGUCACAGAAUGUAUAAAGAAUCCACCAUAUUAUAAACCACACUAUUUAUAUAAUUGAUUGGAUGUUAAGUAAUACACUUGUGUAUAUGUGGAAACCACGCGCAAUAUAAUUUCUUUUUAAAUUCUUAAGAAAUUUUUCUCUCUCUCUCCUUCCUCUAUCAUUUAACACACGAAUAAUUCGAAGUCGUUUUAUCCAGUACUAAAAAA